AUGGAAGAGAUGAUGAAACAACUAUUCGCGAAUCAACAAAAGAUGAAUUCAGACAUGCAAAGCAUGAGGAAUCAACUGGGGCAAGUGCAGUCAUUGCAAACUCAAGUAAAUCAAAUGGCCAUCGCAAUCAACCAUUUGGAGUUCCAGGUUCAAGGGAACUUACCAUUUCAACCUGAGUUGAAUCCGAAGAAUGUGAGCGCCAUGACCUUGAGGAGUGGCAAGGGGGUCCAAGGACCCGACCCGGUGAUUCCUAAGGACAAGGAUGAGGAACAAAUAGAGAAAGAGUUGGAAGAGGAGAGCAGAGACACCAAAGAUCCAAAGGUAACCUCGGAUCCAGUCAUUACAGUUAGGACUAAUCCGCCUCCCUUUCCAAACAGGUUGGAAAAACCAAAAAAGCAGGACAAGGAGAAAGAGGUCUUGGAGAUCUUUCGAAAGGUGGAAAUUAACAUUCCCCUACUGGAUGCGAUCAAGCAAGUACCCCGAUAUGCAAAGUUUUUUAGAGACUUGUGUGUCAACCGAAGGCGGUUGAAGGGAGAUGAGCGAGUCAUAGUGGAGGAGAACGUGUCAGCAAUUUUGCAAAGGAACCUUCCACCGAAACGUGGGGAUCCAAGUAUAUUCACCAUUCCCUGUAGGAUAGGUAAUACCUUGAUUGGUAGGGCCAUGUUAGAUCUAGGAGCCUCAAUUAAUGUUAUGCCAAAGUCUAUUUAUACUUCUUUGAAUUUAGACCCUUUGAAAGAGACUGGAAUAAUAAUUCAACUGGCUGACCGAACCAACGCAUACCCUGACGGGUUGAUUGAGGAUGUUUUAGUGAAAAUUAAUGAAUUGAUUUUUCCUACUGAUUUUUAUGUGCUUGAUAUGGAUGAUGAACACUCCCAUGACCCGUUACCUUUAUUGUUAGGCCGACCCUUUUUUAGCACAAUCCGAACAAAUAUUGAUGUUAAUAAGGGCACUCUGUCCAUGAAAUUUGAUGGUGAUAUUAUUCAUUUUAACAUUUUUGAAAUCAUGAAAUAUCCGUCAGAUUCAAAUGUUAGCUCUGUUUUCUCUGGAAAUGUUAUUGACCCUGCUGUACAAGAAGUUUUUGAAAUUGAAGGCAGGGAUGAGUUGGAAGUUACCUUGACCAGGCACUUCAAGUCAGUGAUGACGUCUAGAGUAGAGUUGAGUGAAGAAUUCAAACGUGUGAUUGGAGCGUUGCAAACGUUGCCAACUACGAAAAUAAGGUAUGAUCUCGUACCCAUUUUUACACCUGAAUCUCACCAACGGCUACUUCCAUUUGUGGUGCAGGUACCUGUUUUGAAAUUGAAACCGUUGCCAAAAUACCUCAAGUAUGCAUACUUGGGUGAGGGGGAGACACUCCCGGUGAUCAUCUCCGCGAGUCUAUCAAAAGUCUAA